UUUAAAUCCGCUGGUAGUUGGUUCUAGCAUGGAGGACCAAACACAGUCGGCACGUGAUAUGCUACGGAUGGCUUAAAGCGAAAUUAUUAAAACACAGCGUCUCCUAUAUUACUACUGAUCCCGUUUCUUUCUUCUUACCGCAUCAUGAUGCCGCGUCAUGAAUAAUGGAGAUUAACGUGUACUCGUGGUCUAAGAAUACCGCGUGUGUAAGACGAAAAACCUCAUCGACUAAUUAAAUGUGGCGCCCAAUUUCAAAGUUUUCGACCCAAACAUGUCUUCUGCUCAAAGUGGACUCGCUUCUACUUCGUCGAAGUAUUUCGAUAUUGAUGAUAUUUUAGCAUCUCAGGAACAUAUUCCGAGCAAAAUAGAAAUGACACUUUACCGAUUAGGUUUCCUCGACCCAAGUUCAGACGAAAAAGACAUCAAACCCGGCACGAAACUUGAGUUCCCGUUUUGGCUGGCACAAGCUCUUUGCAGUCAGAAAAGGCAUAUUAUCAGUGUUGAGCUACCCAAGCCUUAUCGAAUAGGUUAUAGAGAGGUGAUGAUGGCUGAUGCCAGCGUUGUGAACCUGCACAAACUUGGACCUUAUUUCUAUGACCUUGGCUGCAAGUUACGAUAUUUCCCUUUUACAGAAAUAGACGACGUUGCUAAAUCCUUGCUCGAUACAUUUCAAGUAAGAUUCCGAAAAAUUUUGGAUGCAUCGCAGAGUUCCUUAAAUGAAGACACAUCCAGUUUGACCGCAACUUUGGACAGCACCGAAAAAUUCCUCUUUCACACAGGACUAAAAUCUUUAAAUGAUUUCCAAAGCUGGGAGACACGACGGGCAGAGAAACUAACCUCUUCAGAAAUGGUACGAGUUUACAGGAAGAGGAAGCGUGAAAAUGAUUGAUACUGGUGAGAGUAACAACAACAGCAACAACAGCAACAAUAUUAAUAAGUGCAACAUCUUAAGCAGCAACAGCAGCAAUAACUACAACCAGUCAGUAACAUAAAUGACUAUGAUAACAUAAAUACAAGAAAUAUAUGUAUGGAUGUCUAUGUAUCUAUGUUUAUAUAUAUGUAUGUAUUUAUGUGCGUGUGUAUGUGUCUGUAUAUAGAGAUAUCAUCAUCAUUCAUCAUCAUUAUCAUCAUUGUUUUAACAUCCACUUUUCUGUGCUUGCAUGGCCUGCACGGAAUUGUUUGAGGCAGAUUUUCAUCAGUCAGAUGCCCGUCUUGGCACCGGUACUCUCUUGUUGCUAAAUAAAGUAAUAUUCCCCACUCCUUCCAUCUGUGGCUGGGCGUGUUUUCACGUAAGAUUGGAAAUUAAGGACACCACUUGUUUAACAGUGACACUCAUUUACAACCAAAACAUGAAGUCAAGACAAGAACACAUAAACACCCUCAACACACACACACACACACACACACACACUUAGAUAAGUUUUGACCAGAAUUGACCCAGGCCAUGGCUAAAUUUGUAGCACCACCUGGAAAAGCCAUGCAAUGAUAUUUUCUAGCACAGUCAUUCUUUGGGCAUAUAAAUAACAGGCUUCUUUCAGUUUCCAUUUGCCAAAUCCACUCAUUAGGCUUUGACUGGCCCAGGAUUAUAGACACUUGCAUAAGGUUCCAUGCAGUGGGAUUCAAUCUAGAAUGUGGCUGGAAAAAAAACUUGUGUGUGGUAUGUAUGUAAGAAUGAGUGUGUGUGCGUGUGCAUGCAUAUAUGUAUGGUUGAGCGGUUGAAAAGUUCACUUUCAAACACAUGGUUUUAGGUUCAGUCGUACUGCAUGGCACCUUGGGAAGUGUCUUCUACCCUAACCCUGGACUAACCCAAGUCUUGUGAGUAGAUUUGAUAGACAGAAAUUAUGUGUCUAUGUAUGUGUGAGUCUAUGCAUGCAUAUGUCAGUAUAUGUUUUGUCUACAUCUGCGAGAUUGUUUGUAUGGAAGUGCAGAAGGCGGUGUUGUUAGUCUCUCCUGUCAACAAAUUGUUUCGCCCACUUCCAGCCUUUGAGUCAGUGUGAAGAGGAGUCAGCAACAACGUGUUUUUUUCCUUUUAAAUAAAAUAUUUUAAUUUCUUUUAUGUCAGUUUUAAUACAAUGGAAUAAAAUAUUGAAAUAAUUACAUCAAGGUAGAAUCAUAAUAGUAAUUUAAAA